GCCACGGCUGCGCCAUGGUCGUGCCGCUCUUUUCGCCGCUGUACCGCAGCAUCAUCCGCUUCUGCGAUCCGCACGUGCCGCUCCGACUACGCCCGCUCUGGGAGCACCCGGCCGGCCCCAAGACAGUAUUCUUCUGGGGGCCGCUGCAGAAGUGGUGUCUGGUGCUGACUGGGCUGUCCGACACGCUGGGCCGCCCGGGGGACAAGCUCAGCCUGCCGCAGGCUAGCUCGCUCUCACUGACCGGCUUCAUUUGGUCGCGCUACUCGCUGGUCAUCACGCCGAAGAACUGGAGCCUGUUCGCGGUCAACUUCGGCGUCGGCCUGUCGGGCCUGUUCCAGGUGGUGAAGGUGCUGCGCUACAAGGCCUCGCAGCCUCCCGGGAGUGCAGGGCCGACGCCGGCGCUCCGUCGCCACGGACAGGCCGCGGGGAGCUGUUGCCGGCACGCAUGCCGCGCCGCCGCCACCGCCGCCGCUGUGCCGACCUGCCGCGAAUCCGGAGCUGCCCUGGUGCCGGGGCUCGGUGGGCGAAAGCCGGACGGCGGCGACAGGUCGGCCGCGCCGGCGGCCGCCAUCAGGGACGCUGGGCUCUGGCUUUGA